GGCCGGAGCGGGGCCCCGGCGGGGCCCUCUGGAGCGGCCCGGCCCUCCCCUCCCCUCCCCGGGCAGCGAUGGGCGGGUUCGGCUCGGCUUUCGCCUCCUCUUGAGCUGCCGGGAGCAACGGAGGACGGUCGGUCCGUCUGUCUGGCCGGCCGGCCGGCCGAGGUCCGCCCGGAGCGGCCCCGCGAACAAGCUGCAGAUGGCGACUUUUAUCAAGAAGGCCUCCCAGAGAGACAGUGCUGCUGCACCCUCCAUUUCGCAACAUUGCCAGAAGCAGGUUUAUUCUACGGGAUAUCAGCUUCCCUCCUAGGGAAGGGAGUCCUUGAGAUGGCAGCAAUGGCAGAACUCGACAAUGUCCAUUCAGUGACUGAAGUGCCAGAAGGAGACAAUGAUAAACGCAGUUUCCAUCACAGAAUGUUCUUGGAACCUCAAGAGAAGAAGAGAAGCAUGAAGGCCUUGGUGGUUAAGCAAGCAAAGAAAACUUGUAGCUGUACUCCAGCCAAAGUUAAAGACUAUGUUUUCAGUUUCUUUCCUGUCUUGCAGUGGCUUCCUAAAUAUAAACUAAGAGAGUACCUGCUGGGUGACAUAAUGUCUGGCGUGAUUGUGGGGGUUUUACUAGUCCCACAGUCAAUUGCCUAUUCUCUCUUGGCUGGGCAGGAGCCUAUUUAUGGCCUUUAUACAUCCUUUUUUGCUGGAAUUAUUUAUUUCAUAUUUGGAACCUCCCGCCACAUCUCAGUUGGCAUCUUCGGUGUGAUUUGCCUGAUGGUGGGACAAGUGGUGGAUCGUGAAAUACAGAGAGCUGGCUAUGACUUAGAGCCAGCUGUGCUUAGCGUCCUCACAGAUACAGCAGCACAUGCAAACACCACCAUUUCACCUGUGAAUCAGACAUCGCAGAAGCUGCUUUGUGAUAAAAGCUGCUAUGCAAUUACGGUGGGAGCCACCAUGACCUUCAUAGCUGGAGUCUAUCAGGUGGCCAUGGGUUUCUUUCAAGUGGGCUUCGUCUCAGUGUACCUCUCUGAUUCGUUGCUGAGUGGAUUUGUCACGGGUGCCUCCUUUACCAUCCUAACCUCACAAGCCAAGUAUCUCCUGGGCCUAGACAUUCCACGGAGCAGUGGUGCUGGAUCCCUCAUAGCCACAUGGAUAAACAUAUUCAGAAACAUACACAAGACCAACAUCUGUGAUCUCAUCACCAGCUUCUUGUGCUUUCUUGUACUUAUCCCAACCAAAGAGCUUAAUGAACGUUUUAAAUCCAGGCUCAAGGCUCCAAUACCAGUUGAACUAGUCGUAAUUGUGGCAGCUACUCUGGCAUCUCACUUUGGGAAGCUGAGAGAGACUUAUGGCUCAAGUGUUGCUGGACACAUCCCAACUGGGUUUCUGCCACCCCACCCUCCAGACUGGAAACUGAUUCCUAAUGUGGCUUUGGAUGCUAUCCCCAUAGCUAUCAUUGGCUUUGCAAUCACUGUCUCCCUCUCAGAGAUGUUUGCCAAAAAACACGGUUACUCUGUGAAGGCCAACCAGGAAAUGUAUGCCAUUGGCUUCUGCAACAUCAUUCCCUCUUUCUUCCAUUGCUUCACAACAAGUGCAGCUCUUGCCAAGACUCUUGUCAAAGAGUCCACAGGCUGUAGGACACAAAUGUCUAGCAUGGUGACUAGUUUGGUAAUCCUAUUAGUCCUCCUCGUGAUUGCACCUUUAUUUUAUUCCCUUCAGAAAUGUGUCCUUGCUGUCAUAACCAUUGUAAACCUCAGAGGAGCCCUGCAGAAGUUCAGGGACCUGCCAAAAAUGUGGCAUUUGAGCAGAGUGGACACAGUGAUCUGGGUAGUUACUAUGGCAGCCUCAGCACUCAUCAGUACAGAGAUUGGUCUUUUGGUUGGUGUUUGCUUCUCUAUGCUCUGUGUCAUUUUCCGAACUCAGAGACCAGAGGCACCGCUGCUUGGCUGGGUGGCAGAGUCUGAAACGUAUGAAUCCCUGUCUGCUUACAAGAACUUGCAAACCAAGCCAGGAAUUGUGGUGUUCCGUUUCGAAGCACCCCUCUACUACAUCAACAAAGAGUGCUUUAAAUCCACCCUGUACAAGCAAACUGGGGUCAACCCAGUCUGGGUGAAGGCAGCAAAGAAAAAGGCAGCAAAGAGAAUGCUUAGAGAAAAAGAGGUGGAUUCUGGUGGCAACGAGACCAGCACCUCUGUGGAUUUUGUCUCUGAACCUCUGGGGUUUCACACAAUAGUGAUUGACUGUUGUGCAGUACAGUUUCUGGAUACAGCAGGAAUACGCACACUCAAAGAGGUCUGCAAGGACUACAAGGAGAUAGAUGUUCAGGUGCUGCUGGCCCAGUGCAACCCUUCAGUGAGGAGUUCCCUGCUCCGAGGAGAAUUCUUUAAAGAGGGGGAGGACCACCUUCUUUUCCACAGUGUGCAUCAAGCUGUGGACUUCGCGUUGGGUCCACAGGGGUACAGUAGGACCAGUGCUUCUAAGAACUAGUUGUGGAAAGGGAGCAAGCUGGAAAAAUGCGGGGGGAAAAAAUGGUUGUGGGUCUGUAUGUCUAUGCAAUAUAUAUAUGCACUCAGGUAAGAAGAGGCAGUGUUGGUUUUAACACACUGGUUACCACGCAGUCAGUUUUGAAUCUUUAAAUUUGUGUGCUGGGUAUAGGAAUUAAGUAGGUGGUAGUGAAUGAAGGCAGUUCUUAACUUGAUUGUGGCCAAUCUGUGAAUCAAAGAGUUUUCAUAUGGUGGUUCAUCUUAUUUCUCUUCUCUUUUGAACUUCCCAUGUCUCAGUUCCCCUCUUAAGUUUUGAUCAUCAGUAUUGAAGUCUUUAUUACAACCCUGUCUUUAUGGAUGGGAUGGGAUUUUGAAGUAAUCUGGGCAUCCUGACUAGCCAAAUAAUGUGAGGCAACUCAUUUCUUGUCCCUUGUUCUGGCAUUGCUUUUCCUUAUCAUCACACCCUUAUAUCUUCUAAAGAAUGACUGAUGGGGACUGUUCGCUCUGGUCUUCACUGUGGGUGACUUUGUAACCUCCCUGAAUUUGAGACAGAUAGAUAAAUAAAAUCUAAACAUGCAUGAAAAGGUCUUAACGAAUAGCUUCUAGCCACCUGUCACCUCCAGAGGCUUUGUCGUUGUCUCCCAAGAGUGCAAUGCAGCCAGGCAAUGGGGAUAAUCUUACCUCAUUUCUAUGCAGGCCUUUAUGUGCCAGGAAAGUUUGCCUCUUUUUUGGAGUGAUUUUUAUUCAGACGUGACUAUUUAGAAGUCUGAUUCAUACUUAUGGUCAGUUGUUUGUUUUCUUAAUAUUUAGGAGCUCUUUUAGGUAUAGAAAAUCUCCAAUUCUUGAGUUUCAACAUAAAACAGUCCGUAUAGCUGGUUUUAUAUGCCAGGCAGACAGAAACACAGGCACCAAAAUGAAAAGAGCCAAAUAGGUUGUCCAACGUAUGUUCCAAUUUGUUCAUGUCAGGCAGACUUCAUGUAUGAAUGCAGGUUUUAUUGACAAUGGACCCUUUAUGCAUGAUCUGUCAUGGACUUCAUGUAAUGUGGAUGGACAGGCCAAGAAAUACAGCCAUUACAAAAUGAGCCAGAGAAAUUCUUUACUGAACAUUAUUUCACCAUGUUAGUGUAAAUAAAACUUUAUACUUUGAUUUUUAAAUUAUACAGAACAGUGGAGAGUGCCCAUUCUUUGUACUAAAUACAAGCACUGGGCAGGAAGAGGUUCUCUUUUCUUACACCAAUGGAAUACAAUUAUGAAGGUAGAAUUGGGAGCUGAACAGUUUUUACUGAGUACCAGCUAUACAUAGCAUGCAGCACAUCCUUGGAAGAUGGUGGUUUCUCCCAGGGGAGUUUAAAUUCUGAAUUGCUGGUUCUUCGCAGCUUUUAAAAGGAAAAGGUAUUGUAUACAGGCAAUAGUCUCAUCCUUAAUCAUUGAAAAAUAAUUAGUCAAGAGUCAAAAAAGGAAUAAAGUGCAGUAUCAUGAAACAUUUUCUAAAUAGAAAUAUAUUUUGAGUUUAGGAUUGGUUUUUUUUUUCUGAGCUAGGACCAGCAACUAUUCCCGUCUUUCUCUGAAAGGUGAAAUGCCACGUAUCACUUCACUGGGGCCUCAAGAUAAGGACUUAGCAGAAAAAUUAGUCCCGGGACCUGACAACCUUUAUGUGUUAACUGAACUUACUACGUUUUUUAGGACAUUAUAGCAGCAUAUAGAAAUACUGGGGGAGGUUGGGGGUGGCUGUAGCAUGUAUGGAAAAGGAGCACAUGACUGAGAUCUGUGCAUUAUGUGUUCUAGAACUGGCAUCGUUAAGGAAACAAGUCUCCAAGUGUCAGAGAGAAAAUACUAAAGCUUCUGUGGUAUUCAAAAACCACAAAUACUGUUCUUUCUCAGCCUUAAGGUGUGUUUAUACAAGGAGAUGAAUUCCAAACAGCUACUGCUGAAUUUUUCCUUUUCUGCAGUAACCUUCCCUGAACGUUUUUAUUCUGGACUGAGAAUCCCUUAUGCAUUUUGGAUAAUUAUAACUACUGAAUUGGUAUGGAUUAGGCUAAGCCUGCAUAAAAAGCAGCGAGUGGGGUUAACACCUACACAGGGAGUGAGUGCUGGAUGGAAAUUAUGUUUUAAUUCCUCACCAUUCCUGUUUUGCACUGAUUUCCUGCUCAGAGCCCCUGGGUUGGUGUGGAGAGUGAGCUGGCACACCUGCGGCAGUUCCUGCAGCUGGGUGCCAGCUUGGGAAGGCUUGUCACCGCAGGGGUUUGUGCCUGGCCACCGAGGGGCUGGCUGCGGGUAGGGGAGCAGUGCAGACCUCUGUGUGUGUAUUCAGCUGAUGGCAGUGCCAUGGCUGGGGGGGAGUCCCUUUUCAGCACAGUUUGUUCAUGUUACCAGAAAGCAUCUCUAGAGCUUUGAACAAAAGCCUUGGUACCGUUUUAAAAUGCUGAUUUUAACUAAUAUUUUUCAGGAGAGCAGAGCAGUGCUAGAAGCAAUGCUUCCUUUUCAAAGCCCUGAGGAAAAAUCUCAGAACAGCAAACAAUAAGCAGUGUAUGUUGUUACUGUAAAUGUUCCUGCCUACCCCCAGCUACUUAUUCUCACCCCUUUGCCUCUCAGACAUGGGCUGCUGGGGGGAGGAGGAAGAAUGAGCAGCUGGCCAGGAGACUUCCUCUAAGGAAGGUCAGCUGCAGAUGGGAUAGAAGUAAUGUAAAAAUUGCUCUGGGUGUUUCAUUCCUGUUUACGCUCACAGCUCCUCUCUCCCAUACCCUUUCCGUGCUGUGCAGGUGAGAUUUUUUGACCUGUGACCAUGCACAGGUUUGUGUAGCCAAAUUCUAAGCGAGAAAGGGAAAAAGGUAACUAUUUAUUAAAAAAUGUUUUUUCAAAUCCAUUUCUACCUGUCCCAGGAAGGGAGGAAUAGCGAUGUUACUUCCAAGAAGUGUGCACUUUCCACAGCUAGCAGGAUGCAUAUUUGUAGCUCUUGGGUAUUUGUUUACAUAAAAGCACAAUAAAACAGCCAUAAAUUGAUUUUUCAAAGAAUUAAUUUAGAUUACAGCUAAAAGAUAUACUGAAGUGAUUUAUGUUUAGCUAGAGCACAUUGGAUUUGGCCUCAGUGCUGUUUGUGCAGCCACGACUUACAAUAAAGCCUCCAAAUUCCAUUUCAAGUAAAACAUAAGAAACGGUAUUAAAACGCAACAUCAAAAGCAGCCAGCCAGCCAAAAGAGCAACGUUUAAUAUUCCUAUUUAAGAUAACGUCCAGAGGUCAUAGUAUUAAUACGUCUAUAUUAAUGCACACAGCCCUGGUUAAAAGGGAGCAGAAAUAAAUGACAUUUGCCGGAGAGUUCAGUAUAAUAGAGAGUCCAUUGGAAUUAACCGAAGAUUAGAGCUUGUCAUGGCUGGAAUUCUUAAAACAGUGGGGUUUCAGCCAUUUUAGUUCUAGGCCUAGAAUCGUUUUUUAACAGAGACAUUAAUCUGAUUUAAACCUGCUGGCAAGAAGCAAAUUUCACUUGAAUAUGUUUAUGGACCCUUUAGAAGUGAUCCAAUUUCACCUUUAGGAAUAGGGGACCACUGAUUGAAAAUUGUUGCCCUAAAGAAUGUGUUUUCUAAAGGAAUUUCAUAUAUAUAUACACACAUACAUGUGUAUGUGUAUUUGUGUGUGUGUGUACACGUAUACCUUUUGCUGCUCUAUGAUGGAUGUAGCAGCUAUAUACAUCCAUUUACGCUUUUGCGAUACUCGGGCUUCUGUCCUGGAGAGGGCUCUUCUGCCUUCUACUGUUUUAAAUGAACAGUGGAAAACAGGUACCGGAUUCUAUGAGAGGAUUUCAGCCAUACCCGCUGCCUUCUUUACCUUCCCUAACCCCUGUGAUCUAUAGGAAGAGGGAAUUUCAGAACAAUUGGUUUUGGGUUUAUGUAUCCAUCUGGAACAGGAGCGUUCAUCCCAGGUGCAGCCUUCAGAAUGCCAGGCCAGACUGGAAGAUGGUAUAAAUCAGUUGAUCUCCAUUCCCAAACAUACUAAUCAGCAAUUAUCAGUCUAAAUGAAGAAUUAAGAGAUCAUUAGCACAUUCAUUAAUGACAACACAGCAUUAUGGAAAUUAACACUCAUGGUCACAGCUAUACUAAAGACUCCUGGAAGACUUCAGUAGUCUCCUGCUAAAUGUCAGGCUCUUUUUUUCCCCGUCUAUUGCUGCUACAAAUAGUAGUGUCAGUUCCUCCUAACGAGGCUGUUGCACUAAUAAAUGUUUCACUUGUGUGAAUGUUUUGACAUGGAAACAAUUUUCAGGCCAGUUCAUAAAACAGGGAAGGGUACUAUAGUGGGGCACAUAGUGCUUAUUUUUUGAUUUAUAAUGACAUUGCCAACCUUAGUCUUGUGUGAUUGGGUGAUCUUUAUUCCCUCGUAAGCCACUGCAGCUCCAUCUGCUCUUCUCUAAUUCACUGUGAGACCCACCUUCACUUUCUUGAUGCUUCUUUCUGCAUUGUGCUGAAAGACAUUGCAUAUGAUUGACUGUGAAUAGAAGAAUCAUUGCCUAUGUGUAUGUUGCUAUUACAUGUGACCUGCUACUCAAUUUUCAUGCCAGAUUUUUUGCUAAGGCUAAAGCUCCUGAACAGAGAGUGUAAAACAACCCCCAAACCCCACCAGUCAUCAGGGUGCUGGGACUGGGCAAAAGGGGGCUGUGGGCAGCUGGCAGGGGACCACCACUGCAUGUGUGUCCCUGCGAGCAUGCUGGGGUCCUAGCCCGGUGUGGGGCUGUGUGAGGGCUUGUGUAAGCUGCAGAGUAACCGUGCCACCUGGGAAUGACAGACUAACCUGGAGGUGUAUUUAUGAUGAGGCUACUGUGAUGCUGUGUUACGCAGCCAUGUGCCUUUCUCCGUAAUGAGUGUAAUAAUAACCCAGGACCUAGUUCCUGCUCAGUGCUGCUGCAUGAGUCGCUGUCCUGAACUACAUAUGUAAGGGAUUUCUGUGUUCACACUUAUUUAUUUUUAUCUAAUUUAAAUCUCAGUCCGCACGUGGCAGCAGAGCUUCCAUGAUUGCUGCUCUCCUUCCCCAUCGGGCUGCGGUGAUGAAUGGAAAGGUGCUCUCUCUCAGGGAAAAAACACAGCGCUCGCUUCUGCUGGCUUGUGCCAAGAGAAAUGACAGUCCACUGCUGAUCAGUCUGAAGUGCAGAGGUGAGGUAUUAUGGUCAGGAAAGCGUCCUGGCUGCGGCACCAGGGUGUUAAGCUGGUUGAUACCCAGCUGUUUCCCGCAGCCUUUUGCUGAGGACACCUGCGAACUCUGCCUGUGCCGGGUCCUAGAUCCAGGCUUAACUGGUGGAGUCCAGUCUUUUUGUGGCCAGUCCUCCCUUGAGAAGAUCAGCAGUGCUGUGCAUCUCCAUGGGUCCAGUUCCCUGAACCUUUCACCCAAGGGCUGUGCUCACAACCUGUUCCCCACUGUGCUCAGCGACUUGCUGUCAUCUCUAGUGCUGCUGGUGCAAAGAGCUUUUAAGCAGGUUGAAGUCACGUCGCUCACAUGUCUCCAUUCCAGAAAUGGUGCAGGAACACCUGUGCUGGCCCUGCAGCUGGGCACACAGGCAGGCGCAAGGCUCACUCGGGCUCAGCACUGACCUUAAUCUCCAUGCACUCCUAGCACAGUGAGGAGCACGGCUGGGCCGUCGGAGGCUGCUGGUCUAGAAGAAGACCACAGAAACUGGAAAAGAGGAAACCCUUUGAAUUGAGGGUGAAACUCUUCAGGCAAAUAGUUUGUUUCAGGCCAUUAACUUCUGUUGUGUUUUUUUUUUUUUAACAUGCUUUGGAAAGGUGAUGAAAUGAUUGAGGUGAUUUACAUUUUUUAAAAUUGUUUUUUAGUAACAUAGCUAAGCUACUGAAGCUGUGACAUGGACAGCAGUCGUCAUCUGCUAAUGCCGUACAAGGUGCUUUUUAUCUGUGUAGUUUAUUUUGUUUUGCUGAGUCUCAGUGUAGGAUGCUGUUGUGAGGCUUCAGUAUUAAUGUAACUGUCCACGCUAGAAGGGCUUUCUGCUUCUAUGCUGGCAUAGAUAAAAGGAGUAAUGUCUUUAGUGCAGACUUUGCACUGUGAAUGACCUUGUUAAGUCCCAAGAAUUACUUGCACCUGGUUUUCAUGUUUGUAAGCCUUUGUAGGAUCAGCUGCUCAUGUGAAAAACUACCUGAUUUUUACUAGUUCAAUCAAAUUCUACCUGAAGUGGAAAUAAUUCUGAGUCUUGCAUUUUCUUUUGAGAUCACUGCAAUGCUAAAAGUGAGGCCUCUGGUUAGGUAAAAUUGCAAAUAUUUAAUAUAUUUAGUUCAUAGUGUAAUUAGUAACUUUCUAUUUUAUUUUCUAGAGAUGAUAUAAGCUAAGGCAUAUUGCUGUUUCUCUAACGUGCAAAUACACAAAAUAUUAAAACAUUGGAUGGAGAAUCAAAUCUCCAUUGAGUAGACUUACUGCCAAAAAUAUUUGAAUUCCAGCUCCCUCUAGCUCUGAAAGCACUUAGCUCUUAGUUCAGAUCCCAGAUGAUCUCAGUACUCUGCAGGAAGGUAGGAAAUGAAACAUUUGCUGGACUUGAGUCCAAGUUUUUUAUGUUUUAUUUUUGACUAAAGGAAGAAAAUUUUACAUGUACUUGAAAUGCAGUUGAAACAUGGUUAAAGAGAAGUAAAGCCUCACUUUUUCUGGUAAGCACAUGAUGCUUUGAAUUCAUCAGCCUCUUGAGCCCCCGAGCAUCAUCUCUGCUACCUUGGUAUGUUCUGGGGUAUGAUUUUUGAAUUACUUAAAGAAUAAUUUUAGACAUAAUGGUUGCAGAAUAAACAAAAUGGCAAUUUUUGCCUGGAGUAGCUUUUUGUGUUGGAGAAUCAGUUAACCAAACAAUACCUCAGAAAUUGAAUAAAUUACAUGGGCCAGCUGACCUAACCAGUUUACAAAAUAGUUUAUUUGAAUAAAAUGUGGAAAAGUUGUAUGGUGUGUAUAAAGGAUUGCCUUACGAUUUACUGUGACUUACCUGUGCAGUAAAAAUGAGGUAUAAUGUUUCCCCCAGUUUGGUGGCAGAAUCCAGGGUGCUGGGGGAGCUAUCUCUGUGGCAUCAGUAGGUGCUGGUUAGGUGUUUGCUGGCAGGGACCUUGCCUUGCACCCAGCAUGGGGAGAGAUGUGUUGCCAUCAGCUCCUCAUUGAGUGCUGUGCUCACCGACCAAAUGUUUGUGAUGAAAGUUGUAUUUUGUCAGUCGUCUCCUGGUGUCCUGCCAUGCUAUGGGAUAUAGCCUCAGCACAUUGCUGACUCUCCUUUACCCUGUCUCUGUUUGUUGGGCCUGUAUCAGUUGUCAUUUUUAAAUGCUGAUGUGCCUUAAUGCAUUGUAGAAGAUUUGUUAGCACAAGAAUUUUCUGUCAAAUAUGGUAAAAUCUUUGGGAUUUCUUUAUCGCCAUUAAAAGAUUAUGUUUUUUCUGUUGUCGGA